UAUUCGGCCAGCAGGAGCGCCACUCAACUCCAAAACAAGAAAAGGAUAACUGACUACUGCUUACUGCUAGCAUGGUUAUCUGGCGGUAAUGCACCUAAAGCCAUAAAAAAAAGACAGAAGAAGACAACGCAUGGUUAACUUUAGUUAGUAUAGUGUUUCGGCAAAUUGGUCGGAUAGGCGCUACAGUGGGAUAUUAUUUAUUCAACAGCAACUGAGAAGGAUGCACUGCUGCUAAUAUUUUUUUCCUCAGGGAUUACUGACAUCAGCUUCACAAUGUCAGCUGACAGGCAGCUCAGCGUUGACACUGCUGAUGACAACAAACUGGUCAGACCGAAGGUAGAGUUCCGUUCUUUGCUGCAACAUGCAGGAGCUACUAAAGAUGUCUUCACCAUGAAGGAGGUGAUGUUCUAUCUGGGUCAGUACAUCAUCCAGAAGCAGCUGUAUGACCAGAAGCAGCAGCAUAUCGUCCACUGUGCCCAGGAUGCACUGGGGCGGGUGCUGGGAAUCGACAGCUUCUCUGUUAAAGAGCCACGGCUUCUGUUUGCAAUGAUCACCAAGAACCUGGUGGCUGUGAAGAGCCAAGAGUUGCCGCCAAGCUCGGUUGAACCCCACAGCAACAGUGAGACAGACAGAGGGACAGAGGAGGCAGGUUCAGAAAGUCGCUCUUCAUCACCGAAGAGGAGGAGACGGAGGAGCAGCAGGAGCAAUGAACCAGGGUCCUCACAUAGCGUAGAGGAUGAGGAAGAUGAGGAAGAGUCAGAGGAGGAAGAGGAAGAAGGAAGGAAGAGGAGGAGGUCUGACAGCUACUCCCUGACCUUUGAUGGCAGCUUGUCCUGGUGUGUGAUUGGUGGUCUGGGGAGUGGGCAGGACAGACGUAGCAGCCAAUCAUCUGAGUCACGCAGCACGUCUGAGAGGUCAGAGGUCACAGUCGCAGCCUCAGACUCAGACAGUGACAACUUCAGUGUUGAAUUUGAGGUCGAGUCUAUCGACUCUGACGACUACAAUGAAGAUGAUGCCUCUCUGUCUGCAGAUGACCAGGUUUACGAGGUCACCAUUUGUGAGGCUGAUGAUGACGACUCCUUUGAUGAAGACACAGAGAUCAGUGAAGCUGACUACUGGCGGUGUGCAAAGUGCGAGGAGCUGAACCCCCCUCUCCCAAGACAUUGCCUCUGCUGCUGGACUUUGCGCCAGGAUUGGCUGCCUGAGGCAUCCGUCAACACAAGUAACUCCCCCUCCUCCAGUCCUAAAGCCUUCCCCACUAAACCAUCGAACCAAUCAGCAGCCAAAGAAAGUCCAGGUACGGAUGUCGAGGAGAAUGAAGGAGUCGAUGUUCCAGAUGGGAAAAGAGCAAAAACUCCUCCUCUAACGAAGCAGGGUCUGUCUGACUCCACCUCCUCUGCUCCCAACUCUGAGGAUCUCCACUCAUGCUCCUCCUCCCAGGAGAAGCUCUGUACUUUUGACUCCCAGCCCUCCUCUUCCAUCGACUCUCAGGAGCUUCUCCCAUCUUCCCCCAUUGCCAGUCCUUCAUCUCCUCUCCCUGCAGUCCCAGAGCUGGAACGCAGCGUGUCGGCAGAGUGGCGGCUGCCGGAAUCGUGCCUGGAACCGUGCGUCAUCUGUCAGUCCCGGCCGAAGAAUGGCUGCAUUGUCCAUGGACGAACCGGACACCUCAUGUCCUGCUACGUGUGCGCUAGGAAGCUGAAGAAGAGAAAUAAGCUGUGUCCAGUGUGCAGGCUGCCCAUCCAGUCUGUCAUCCUCACCUACCUCAGCUGAGACGCCCACUCUGUCCUCACUGGUCUGUUUUCACAUUUAGUUAAGUGGAAAAACACCAAAAUAAAGAUCAGUUUAACUUCUCA